CCACAAUUUUUCUUUCUGUAAUGACCAUUAGAGAGAGAAGUGUUCAACACUGCUUUCCUCUACUCUCUUUCUUGCUGGCAAUGGCUACUCUGCACUCUCUUGCAUUGUCCUUUCCACUCUCCAAUUUACUUCAGAAGCCACGUUCAUACUCAGUCCCAUCUUCCAUUGUCCAUCGAAGUACACACUCCUCAUUCAAUGGUCAACGUUUACAAACAUCAUGUUUGAGGUUACCUAUGCUAACACAAAAUACUCCCAUGAGCAUGCCUGUUAUCAUGAUGGCCAAACCAACAAUACAGUUCAUUCAAGGAACUGAUGAACAGACAAUACCAGAUGUGAGGCUAACUAAAUCAAGGGAUGGAACAAAUGGCAUGGCUAUUUUCAGGUUUGAUCAACCCUCAGUUUUUGAUUCUUCUGGUGAAGUAGGUGAUAUCACAGGUUUCUACAUGAUUGAUGAGGAAGGGAUCCUUCAGUCAGUUGAUGUAAGUGCUAAAUUUGUCAAUGGAAAGCCCUCAGGAAUUGAAGCAAAGUAUGUAAUGCGGACUCCACGGGAGUGGGAUAGAUUCAUGAGAUUCAUGGAGCGAUACUCUAAUGCAAAUGGUUUGCAAUUCAUAAAAAAAUGAGUUAAUGUGCUAACUUUUUCUUUCUAUUCUUUUGCCCUUUGUCAGAGAAGUUUGUUUUCUGUAAUAUAGGCAGAUAAAACUUGAGUUAAAUGCUAAAUUGGCACGAAUGUAAUUUCAAUUCACGUACACAUAUCCUUUCUGACA